AUGGCUUACUUGACAGCCACUCAUCCUGCUGCGGCUGGCGUUCUCGGGUCCUCUCCAUACAAACCACCACCACCGGCUGUUCAACCAACACAACUCCCACCAAGCCUUGCCGCCGCUUUUGGGACAAUGACGGUGCAAGAUCCGGUGGAUGGCAAAUGGUAUAUGGACACUGCUGCGACGUCCCAUCUCACGGCACAACCAGAUCCUACUCUCACUCUUGUCUCAUUAUUNCGUGGAAAUUUCACUGAUAGUGAAGAUCAAAUCAUUGUUAAACUUCACAGUUUGUUCGGAAACAAAUGGUCGUUGAUUGCUGGAAAAUUACCGGGAAGAACAGAUAAUGAGAUUAAAAAUUAUUGGAACACACAUAUAAAGCGGAAACUUCUUAGCCGUGGGAUUGACCCAAACACUCACAAUUCGAUCAUCCAACCCAAAACGGCAGCUUUUCAUUCUCGAAACAGAGAUGUGAAGCCGACGUGUCAUCAUGUUAACGCUUAUGUUAAAUUGAAUUGUGCCUCCGCGAGUGGUACGACCUCAGACGAGGAUCUUCGGUUAAGUGUUGAUCGCGAUUACAGAUUUGAUAUUGUGGACAGUGAGCUGAACUUGAACCUCACACUCGGGUCUAGUCCGAAUCGAUGGGCGGCGCGUGACGUUUGUGUUUGUAACUUGGGAUCACGUGAACCUUGUAUGAAUUGCCAGACGGCCAAAUGGGUUCUUUAGUGUUUUAUACUAUAUAACAUCAAUACAAGUUGUGUCUUUUUGGAGUAGUGUGCACCAAACACUAUCUUAAGAAAAUA